AUGACAGAGAUCGUACUAACUUCUGUUAUUGGCAAGUUGGUUCAACUGCUAAUAGAAGAAGCAAAACUUUUCAAGGGAGCUCACAAAACAGUUAAAAAUCUAAAAAAUGAAUUGGAGCUUAUCUAUAGUCUCUCCAAAGAUGCAGAUACGAGGUGGGAAAAAGAAAGAAUGCGCGAGAGGUUGAAAGCCUGGUUGAAACAGCUAAGGGAAGAAGCCUAUGAGGUAGAAGAUGUCAUGGAUGAAUACCUUCUUCAUGCCACAAAACACCAUUACCAUAGACAUGGAAUAUUCCUCAGUUUCCUCCGAAAAAUUUCUCAUCAAAUCAAGGCCUUGAAUCUGAGCUACAGCAUAACAUAUCAGAUUCAAAAUAUCCAAACAUCUUUACGCGAACUCAAGGAUAGAGGUGAAACAUAUGGUUUGAGACCCUUUGAUCAGCAACGAGUUAUUAGUAGAGGGAUGAAAAAUGUUGAACAACAUCAUGACCCUCGACUGGCUGCCUUAUUUGUUGAGGAAAAUGAACUCGUUGGCAUCGAUAUCAAACGAGAUGUUCUGGUGAGGAAGCUGGUCAGAGGAGAAUCUACGCGCAUUGUAAUUUCGCUAAUAGGACAAGGAGGAGUAGGAAAGACCACUCUUGCUAAAAAGGUCUAUGACAACAAAGAAGUUAAAGCAAGAUUUAAUUUCCAUGCUUGGAUUAGCGUUUCACAAUCAUACAACAUAGAGAAGAUACUAAAGAGUAUUGCAAUGCAAAUCUACCCUGCAGCAAUAACAGAGUCCAUUGCAGGUGACAUGGAUACAUUGCCAAAGUUGAUUAGUAUUCUUAGACAAUCUUUAGAAACCAAGAGAUAUGUGAUUGUUUUUUAUGAUAUCUGGUAUAUCAAUUUUUGGAAAGUUAUGAAACUUGCAUUUCCGAACAAUGACGAAGGGAGUAGGAUCGUUAUCACAACAAGAAACGAUGAAGUUGCUUCUUCUUAUAAGGAAGCACCAUGUGAUUUUGUCCUAAAGAUACAGCCUCUAUCUCAAGAAUUGUCGUGGGAAUUUUUCUGCAAAAAGGCAUUUCGUUUUGAGUUUGAGACACGUUGUCCUAGAGAAUUAGAGGAGUUGUCUCUUAAAAUCAUUGUGGAUUGCUUAAGGUUUUGUACUGAAACAAAGAGACAAACGUUGGUCCAAGUUGCAGAAGAAUACUUAAACGAGCUCAUAAACAGGAACUUAGUUCAGACAUGGAAUGUAGAAGACCUUCGAGGAGUUCGAUCUGUUUUUCUUUUCAACAUUGAUAAAUUAGAAGUCAUUAAUGUUGAUUUGAUUAAGAAAUUCAAGCUUUUGAAAGUUUUAGAUGUUUCUAAUGCUCCUCUUUGUCAUCUCCCAGAAGAAAUGGGAAAGUUACUUCACUUGAAAGAAACUUGUAUAUUAGAUUUGCCAAUUGAGAUCAACAAGCUUUGGAACUUACAACACAUUUUGGCCUUCUGUCAUGAUUUGAAGCUCGCUGAAAUUUCGAAGGCAUUGCAGGGAGUGAAGAUACAUAAAGGAUUUGGAUGUUUGGAAGAAUUACAAACACUUCUAGUCGUGGAUGCCUAUCAAAGCGGGAUUGGUGCCAUUAAAGAGCUUGAGAAAUUGAAGAAAUUGAAGGCAUUGGGUAUUUCAGAAUUAAGUGCAGAAACAGGAAAGACUCUAUGUUCCUCCAUUGAGAAGAUGAACCAUCUUAAUUUAUUAAGCUUUCAUUCUAUCAACGAAGAGGAAAUCUUAGAUGUUCAACACAUUUCAUCUCCUCCUUGUUUCCUGACUCAACUUUACUUAAUUGGAAAAUUACAAAAAUUGCCAAAAUGGAUCAAGAAGGUUCAAAAUCUUCACAUACUUAACUUGUAUCACUCGAGGCUAACUAAUGAUCCAUUAAAACUACUAGAACACUUGCCUAAUCUAGAAUUUCUAGAUAUGCACCGAGCAUAUGAAGGAGAGGAAUUACAUUUUCAAGAGGGAAGUUUUCGAAAACUCAAGCACCUUGCUUUAGAAAAGUUGGAUGGAUUAAAGGUUUUGAAAAUAGAUAAAGGAGCAUUGCCUGUUCUUGAAAAUCUUUUCCUCGGACCUCAUCCGCUAAUGAAGGAGGUUCUAUCGGAUAUCAAACACCUAGAGAAACUAGAGUUUCUUAAAGCUUACGACAUGCCUAAAGAAUUUGUACUCGGAUUGCAACCAGAUGGAGGCAGAGAUUACUGGAAAGUUGAGCAUGUAGCAUGUGUUAUUUUCUGCUAUAAUGUUGUAGCUAGAAAUUAUGAGAGUUACAAACUUGGUGAUUCAGAAUUGUUGCAACGUUUGCAAGGAUGA